AUGACAUUGGACAUCGAUUACGUGCUCUCCCACAUUACCCAGGAGGACAAAAUCGCCCUUCUCGCAGGGAUCGACUUCUGGCAUACCCACCCCAUCCCGGAGUUGAACGUACCGUCCAUCCGCUCUACCGACGGUCCAAAUGGCGCCCGUGGAACGAAGUUCUUCGCAGGUGUUCCGGCCGCCUGUCUACCUUGUGGGACUGCUUUAGCUUCUACCUGGGACCAGGAUCUGCUGCGCAAUGCGGGAAUCUUGCUAGGGAAGGAAUGUUUGGCAAAGGGUGCGCACUGCUGGCUCGGCCCGACUAUCAAUAUGCCGCGAUCGCCGCUGGGCGGCCGGGGGUUCGAGUCUUUUGCGGAAGAUCCGCAUCUCGCCGGGGUAUUGGCGGCGGCGAUGAUCUUGGGCUGUGAAAGCACAGGGGUAAUCUCCGCGGUGAAGCACUUUGUGGGAAAUGACCAGGAACAUGAGCGGAGGGCUGUGGACGUCCUGGUCACCCAGCGCGCAUUGAGAGAGAUUUACCUGCGACCAUUCCAGAUUGUAGCGCGUGAUGCCUGUCCAGGGGCCCUUAUGACUUCCUACAACAAGAUCAAUGGGAAGCACGUCGUGGAGAAUAAGGCGAUCCUGGAUAUAGUCCGAAAGGAGUGGGAGUGGAAUCCGUUGAUCAUGAGCGAUUGGUUGGGGACGUACACAACGAUCGACUCGAUGAAUGCAGGAUUGGAUCUGGAAAUGCCGGGCCCGUCGCGAUAUCGAGGCCGAUAUCUUGAAUCUGCUGUACAGGCGAGGUUGAUCAAGCAAUCUACGAUUGAUGCCCGCGCACGAAAGGUCUUGGAAUUUGUUGACCAAGCCAGCAGAGCGCCCGUAUCUGCCGUGGAAACCGUGAGGGACUAUCCAGAAGACCGGGCGCUGAACCGAGCCGUGUGUGGCAACAGUAUUGUGCUUUUGAAGAACAAGGAUGAUAUUCUACCCCUACCCAAGACACUCAACAAGGUUGCCCUGAUUGGCUCGCAUGUGAAGACCCCGGCAAUUUCUGGGGGUGGAAGCGCCUCUCUGGAACCGUACUACACGGUGUCAUUGCAUGAUGCCGUGAACGAAGCCCUCCCGGACGCUGAGAUAAUCUAUGAGCCAGGCGCCUAUGCGCAUAAAAUGCUUCCAGUGAUCGAUCGACUCCUUAGUAACGCGGUGAUGCGCUUCUAUAACGAACCGGUCGGAACGGAGCGGAUAUUGCGCGCCACACAACCGAUAUCGAAAACUGCCUUCCAACUCAUGGAUUUUAAUGCACCCGAGCUUAACAGAGGCCUAUUCUUUGCGACACUAACCGGCGAUUUUACACCCGACGUUUCCGGUGUUUGGGACUUUGGCCUGACUGUCUUUGGUACCGGUAAACUGUUCAUCAAUGACGAAUUAGUUAUCGACAACGCUACACAUCAGACCCGAGGAACGGCGUUUUUUGGCAAAGGAACCAUCCAAGUAUUGGGAAAGAAAAAGCUCAAUGCGGGGCAAAUAUACAAGAUCCGAAUCGAAUAUGGCUCUGCGAAUACAAGCCCUAUGAAAGCAGUUGGCGUGGUACACUUUGGUGGGGGUGCGGCGCACUUGGGAGCAUGCUUACAUAUCGAUCCAGCGAGGAUGUUGAAAAGCGCGAUUAAGGCCGCUGCAGAGGCCGACUUUACUAUUAUCUGUACCGGAUUGAAUCACGAAUGGGAAUCUGAGGGAUUCGAUCGGCCGCACAUGGACCUCCCACCCGGGGUUGAUGCGUUGAUCGUGUCUGUGCUGGAUGUUGCGGCAGACCGGACGGUGAUUGUAAACCAGUCAGGGACACCGGUGACGAUGCCUUGGGCUGCUCAAGCAAGAGGAAUUAUCCAGGCGUGGUACGGCGGGAAUGAGACGGGCCAUGGAAUCGCGGAUGUGGUCUUUGGUGAUGUCAAUCCAUCCGGUAAACUACCACUCUCAUGGCCAGUGGAUGUAAAGCAUAACCCGGCCUAUUUAAAUUAUGCCAGUGUUGGAGGAAGAGUGCUGUAUGGUGAGGAUGUUUAUGUGGGAUAUCGAUGCUAUGAGAAAACUGGACGGGAGGUGUUGUUUCCAUUCGGGCACGGCCUUUCAUAUGCAACAUUCACUGUUUCCCCCGAUAUCGUCUUCUCCCACAAGGUAUUCAACCCCGAGAAGCCGCCCACUGUUGCAGUGCAAAUCAAGAAUACCGGUAAGGUAGCCGGAGCACAGGUCCUCCAGCUGUAUAUAUCCGCACCUCAUUCACCUACACCUCGACCGAUCAAGGAACUGCACGGAUUCGCCAAGGUUAUGUUGCGCCCAGGAGAAGAGAGGACGGUCCGUAUUUCCCUGGACAAAUACGCAACAAGUUUUUGGGACGAAAUUGAAGGCAUGUGGACAAGCGAGGAGGGAGUGUACGAAGCUUUGAUUGGUAUAUCAAGCCAAGAGAUCUUGGCGAGGGGGACAUUUCGGGUGGACAAGACGCGUUAUUGGCUUGGAUUGUAG